GAAGGGGGGCCAGCCCUCCCUAGGGGGAGCCUGGGGAAGCCAAGCUUUCCACUUAUGUGCUCCAGAGCCGCCGUCCUUGGGUGCUGGUGCCACUUGGAAGGGGGGUGGCUUGGGGGACGGCCUGUAGCACAGCUUGCCAGCAGGAAGGUGGACACUGGAGCCUUGUAUGAAGGCUCCAGCCCCAUGCUGAGCUGAGCUGGGCUGGGGGAUGCGUCUCCCCCAUCACCACUACGUGGGUGCCUCCCUCCCAGUGACCAGAUAGAGCAGGUGGGGACGGAGCCCCUGUGGAAGCAGGGAGUGGGCGGACGGGCUCCUCCUGCACUUCCCGGAGCAGGACGUCGGUGGUCCUGACUCUCCUGCUCCUGCUCACCAGGAGGGGAGGGGUCUCCCUUGGUGAUGGCCUGGCCAAGCGGCAUCGCAGCCACAGUGUGCCCGGUGUGCCCGGGACGCUGCCCGUCAGACCGGCUGCCACAUGGGUGUGCCUGGCUGCAGUGGGCAGAGCUUCCGGGCAGGGGCACCUUAGCUAGCUGCGGGCAUGGGGGAGAGUCUCAGCCGCGAGUCCUGGGGAGACGGCGCUCGGUGACCCUCCUCUGACGCGGCAGGCAGAGCUCCGGUGGCCGAGCAGCAGCUCAGUGCUCUGAUCACGAGUCAGAGCAGCAGGAAGUGACAUGUGGCUCUGGAGCCACAGGAGAGAGUUCUAGCGCGUUCCGGAGAGCGUGACGGCCUUCCGUGCAGCACGCAUUACAGAGGAGGACUGACUCAGUCCGCUUGGGCUCCAGAACACAGCACCACAGUCUGGGGGCUUCGACAACAGACGGUCACUUCCCACAGUCUGGAGACUGGGGCUCUGGGAUCAGGGCGCCAGUGCACUCAGGGUCUGGGGCGGCCACCUGCUGGCUUGUGUACAGGGCCUGCCCCUGCGUCCUCGAUGCUGGAGGGGUGAGGGCGCUCACCCCAUCCAUGGGGCUCCACCCUCCUGCCCUCAUCACCUGCCAAUACCAUCACCUGGGGGUCGGGGCUUCCACACGUGAGUCUGGGGACACAAACAUCCAGUCCACAGCAGCCCCUCCCGACCAGUAACCACAUGAGCCACAGCUGAAGAGAAGGGAAGGGCAGGAUGGUGCAGCCACCGUGUGCCCCAGGCCUUUCAAAGCCAAUGUCUUGUAGACAUCAAGGAAGCCCCCCCAGAUGAGAACAGCAAGGCUGAGUCCUCAGAGUUUACUGAAUUGGGGGUCCCAUGACACGUGUGUGUGUGUGUGUGUGUGUGUGUGUGUGUGUGUGUGUGUGUGGCAGAGACCGAGCGGCAAGCAGGGGAGUGGGAGGUGUCAUGGUGGGAAGGGGGCUCAGGUGCCCUGAUGGAGAAGCCGGAGACAGGGAGCUGGAAGACGGGUGUCCUUGACAUUGGUAAAUGGAGCAUGCUGGCUUUCUCCAGUGGGUCCUGAGUUGGAAGGGAGAGCAGUGGGUGGGAAAACUCACUGUCACGGACCAUUUCCCAGCAGGUUUGGCAAGUGGUUCGGGCGGUCGGUGGCUUUCUGAGCUGGUGGCCGCAGACCGUGGACUGCAGUCCCAUCUUUACAGGUGGCCUGCUGUCGUCCGCCCGCCGGGUCAGUCUGUCUCCAUCUCUUGCAGUCCGGGGGUGGUUUCCUUCUCCGGAGACCAGAAGCAGCUCCCCAGGGAUGGAUUUCCCGGCGGCGUCCAUGGAUCCUGGCCCUGGGGACGAGGGCGCGGCGCUGGCCAUCUCCCCUCUGCGGCCGGGCGAGAAGUUCCACCUGUUUGUGAGUUACAGCAGCGUGGACGCUGUGUGGACGCGCGGGCUCAUCGGCCGGCUGGAGGCCGACCUCCCGGGGCUGCGGGUCUGCCUGCACGAGCGGGACUUCACCCCGGGCCGGAACGUCCUGGAGAACAUGGCCGAGUGCAUCCAGCAGAGCCAGAAAGUGCUGCUGGUGCUGAGCCAGGACUUCGUGCAGAGCCGCUGGUGCCUCCUGGAGGCCGACCUGUCUCUCUUCGGCUACUGCCUGGAGCGGAAGCCUGUCAUCCCUGUCCUGCUGCGGCCUUGCCGGGUCCCGCUGCACCUCAGCCACCUGACCUACCUGGAGGCCACGGACAGCCGCUUCUACCGCAAGCUGGGAGAGCUGCUGUGCCGCGCCAGCCACCGCCUGGAGCGCGCCCUGCCCACCCGGCGCCCGGCGCCCGCCCUCUACAACGGGAAGACCCUGCUGAGCCUGAGCUGCAUCAACAGGGACAGCCUGCCCUCGUGGAAGGUGGGGUCCUUCAGCACCCUGGUCGUCCCUGAUCCCCUGCAGGAGGUGCUGGAGGACCCCGAGGUCUACAGGCAUGCCCUGGGCAUCCUGAACGGUGUGCGGUCCCCCAGGUCCUGCCUCCGCUACAUGGGCUGCAGGGUCCCGCUGGGCAUCUUCCUGAUCGUCCUCUCCUUGGCGGCAUUCAUCCUCCCCCUGAUUCUGGGGCUGCAGAGAAGCCCGCCGGCCGAGCGCUUCUACCUCAUAUCCGCCACGGGCUUUUUCUGCCCGCUGCUCGUCGUCCUGGGCGUGAACGCCCUGUGCUGGUUCCGGAGGUUCUCUCGGGAGAAGAUGCGGGAGCUGGCGCUCCGGGUGGGCGAGGCCAACGUGCUGCUGGCGCCCCACUCACUGCUGAUGGGCUGCGACACCAUGAACAAGCUCUACUUCGUGUACGUGCUGCUGGAGGACUGCCGCCAGGUCUUCCUGCAGGCCCCCGACGGCGAGUCCCUGUUCCGAGAGGCCUUGCUGCGCUUCUCGUCCAGCUACACUUGCUGCGUGGCCCACGCGCACUUCCCCACCUGGGAGGACGCCCAGGGGGCUCCGGGCCACCUGGAGCUGGGCCUGUGCUUCUGCCAGUUCGUGUCUCUGCAGCUGAAGACACCCCAGGGUCUUGGGGUUAACCCUGUGUGAUAGCAGGAGGGGCUCCAGGGCCGUGGCUGGCCCUUUGGACAUGGCCUCCCUGGGGCCCGGGUGGCGCACACAGGACCUCGAAUCUGGUCAGGACACUCUCCCUACAGCCCUCAUACUGGCCCGAGGGCCCCACGUGCUGCUCUGAAGGCAGAGUGACCACAUCAGCCCAGCUGGCCCAACUGUUUGGGAAGGGGCUCUUUGACGAGACUACCUGAGAGCAGGCUGGGGAGGCAGCAGGUCCCCUUAGGGUCUAGCCCUCUCCUCGGGAAGAGCUCAUCCCUGCUGCUGUCGACACGGCGGGUUAGCGUCCCAGGGAGACCAGGGCCGAUGCGCCAGCUCUCUGUGACCCUCUCCCUGAGCAGCAUUUACAGACACCUGCCGCUUCUCCCAGGACACGUGGGGACACUGGCGGUGUUUGGGGACACCAGGCCGCGCGCAGUGGCCAUGGGCCGUCUACCCUCUGCCGACACACACACUCAUGCCUGUGCCCAUGCCAUCGACUCUGGGAGCUCGUGGGGGGCCUGCCCCAGCCCCACCGUGGCUGGGAAUGAGAAGGCCAGCGUGUGUUCUCAGCAUGGACACCCGGUCAGACCCGGGUCUCUGCUCCCUCCCUGCCGCAGCCUGUCCCCAGCCUUGCUUUCCCAGAGGAGGGUGGCUGUAGCCAGGUGGUGCACUCUCCAACCUCGUCCCCUCACCCAGAAGGCUGGCUUCCUGAGUGCAGACGUCACUCCCCACCCUGGGGUUUCUGGUCAUCUGCAGACUCUCUCCCCGAGAGAACAGAGUGCGGUCUGCAGACAAGAACAUCAAACACGUGAGCUGAUUUUGGCUGCGGGGUCGGAACAGGGGACACCAAGGCACGCCCCCCUCUGCCCUGGGUGGGGGUGAGACCCUCGCACUCCAUGCCCAUGUGAGGGUCAACUGGGCUCCACAGAGGUCCCUCAGUUCCAGCAGAGAGCUAGGGCUGGACUUUGGAAAUGGGGGGUGGCCUGGGGCACUGCCGGAGCCUCAGCUCAUCUGUCUCUAAACGUGCAGGUGGCAGGGAAUCUCCUGCUAGAUUUGAAGUCAGUGCCGGGCCCAUGUCCCCAGCCCCUUGGUAUCCUUGGGCCCGUGGCCAGGUGCCGCUCUGGUGAGUAUUUGGCUCAGGCUGGUUUGCUGACUGGAAAGCUCGGGCCCCAGACCACAGCCACAGGGCAGCAAGUCCCUCACUGACCCCUGAGCAGCCCUCUGGUCAACCGUGUGCCUGCCUCCAGGGACCUUCUCAUGUGCCCCUUGGACAGGAUCCCACCCCACUCCACCCCACGGAGCUUACCCAACCCUGCUCUUGUGGUUUGAGCUGACCAGUCUGGUCCUAGCUCAGGAGCCCCAGAGCACCCACCCAGAGACCCUGGGAGCUGUGAUCCUGCCUUGUCUGCGCAGGCCGUGACCACACUGCCUUGACAUGGCCUCUUUGGGCAGGCACGCACCACCCCAGGACCCCCCACAGACUUCUCUAUUUCGGCUUCUCUCGGGGAAGCGCAGCAGAUCCUGUGGUCUGUUGCUGAACCAAGUCCCCUCCCAGCAGCCUGGACACACUUAACACGUGUUAAUGGAACAUAGAGGCUGGACUGUUCUCGGCUUUCCUGGGCCCAGGACAGCACAGGGAGGAGACUGGCCAGAGGCAGCUGGCUGAGGGACAGAGAAGGGAGGGGCUCUGGGCAAGGUGACAGUGUGAGGAAAGGCACGAGGUAGGACCCCAGGUCACAAGAGUAGCUGCCCAGUAGGGCAUGGUCCCUUGAACCCAGGGCUCACUGGGUGAGCUUUGGGUGCCAGAAAUUUCUUGGGGGCUGUGCUUGGCACCAGGAUCGACUCCAAGGGGUGCCAGCACCUGGUCUCUGAGAUGUCCAAAGCAGGGUGCCUGGUCUGGGCCCCAGGCUGAGAAAGAGCCUCCCAGGAGCGAUGGGGACCCUCUAGCCCCCACAGUUGUGGCAUGGGAUGAGGACCCAACAGCCCCAUCCAUACCCACUCUAGGCCAGGGCCAAACUCCCAGAGGGCACACACAGCUCUCACAGGCCCACUACAGGCUGUGCCAGCUGCUGCUCUGUCUGGGGACGGUCCCUGGGGGCCUGCGAGCCAAGGCCUACCCUGCGGGCAGGGGCGCCCCCGCUCCUCGGGCAAACUGCGUGGUGAUGGUGAUCUCCCCACGCCACAGCGCUGUGCCGUGUGGCCCAGAGACAGCAGACAGAUGAAAAAGAGGACAAAGAAGUCCUAUCCCUUCAAAGGCCAUGAUUUUGAAGGUCAUGAAAUAACACACUUGUGCACACAAUAAAGAGAAAAUGCCUAAAUGAACC